AUGAACCGGUUCUGCCGGCCAUUCGCCGCAGCAACUUCAUUACGUGUCGGUUCAUCUGAACGCUGCAGCAGUCGAGCAGCGCUUAUGGUAUCGACACGUGGAAAAUAUGUGAGGCAACCCAGUCCUCAGUGGGACCCCGUACAUGAAGAUAUAAAUGCACAUGUGAAGAAGCGGAUUCCGGGCGAAACCCGGGUGGACCGCGUGCGGCGAUUUGCCCGGGAGUGGCGUAAUGUAGAAUUGGAGCUUGGGGUCUACAAGGACUCACGAGGUCGUGAAAUUAAGUACCGCAAAACGUUUGUUUACCGUUACACGUACCCCAACGCAUUCGAUGAGUUUUGGUGGCCGUGCAAGUGA